AUGAUACCCACACCAGUUUCGAAGAAGAUAAGGAGCAGGCUCAGUUUGUCCAUCCAUAAGAAGCCCCACUUUUUGUUUCGACAAAAUUUACUACUGGACAAAGGGGAAAAAUGGCAGCCCAAGUUAAGGAAGGGCCACCCUGAAUUCGCCAAGCAGUUCGACAUACUAAACCGGCAGGUCACCGGCUUCCGCAAGUACAAACCGCCCCCAGUGAAGAGAGAAGAAACGAAAAGGAAUUACGACAUAACGAAUUUUCACGAAGUGAAGUCUAAAUUCAGGUUUGACAUAAAUGGGUUUUUCGAAGAUGAAGGGAACGUCUUCUGCCAGGAGCUCUACAAAACCGCCAAGCGCAUGUACCUAGUUGGUUGGAUUAAGUGCAGGCGGCGAUUUGCCAUGGGCCACUUUCAAGGAGACGCGUAUGCCAUUUCCUAUUUGAGGCACUGGCUCGACAUAUACUCGUCGGAGACGAACAGGAUUGAUAAACUGAGGAUCUUCGAUGAGAACCACGGGAUUUCCAGCUUCGAUUAUUAG